AAAAAUAUUCUUAUCUCGUAGUAAUAAAUGGAAAAAAAAAAUAAAAAACACACAUUCCAUGCGAACGAAUAACGUUAUUUAGGGAAUUUAUUGACUAAGCAGUUAUUGUAGAUGUAAGCAUUAGUAAUACAUAUAUGUGCGUACAAAAUGUCGAAUGCAGCCAAAUAUACAAAUUAUUAGCAAUAAUUAGUUGACUCGUAAAUAAACUACAUUAAUUUCAUUUAAUUUCAUUCGUAAAUCACAAGACAAAAAAUGAAAGUCGACGACGUUCGUAUGCUACAUGAUAUCCCAAUUUACCAAAAAUUUAACGAAAUUUAUAACAACAAUUCAGCAAUCAAGCAUAUAUAACUGCCAACUAAACCAAAGUCUACAUAAUUAAUAAAUAACAAUAGCAACCACUCCAAUAUCAUGGUGAUACGUCAAUUUAUUGCAUCAUUCUCAUGGAUUAAUAAAGAGAGUUGCAUUAAAGAAAAUCACAGAUUUGUUAAGAUUUCAUAGAUAAGAGAAAUGUUUGGAGAGAGAGAGAGAGAGAGAGAUAGACAAAAUUUAAGAGAAUAUUGAGAAAUGUACGGUGUUAAUUUAUACAAGACACGUUCCUCACACACAUCUAUGAUGAAUCAAUUUUUUCCCUUGUGACUUCUAUGGUAGGAUGAAGCAACUAUUUAUGAUUAUUUUAAAAGCGCCUUUUUCAAAACUUAAAACCAAAAGCUAAGAUUAAAUCAAGUAAAUAGAGUUAACAGCAUGCACUUUACAGCGUUUUAAAAUUGAAAAGCAAACGCAUCAAGUUUAUAAUAAUAUAAUAAGGACCAACUAUAUUAAAAAUAUAAAAAAUCAUUGUCAAUGGAUUCCCAAAGUAACGAAAAGUUUUAAUUAAUCAACUUGUAGUCGUUAAAUUAAUAAAUGAAAAAUAAAAAGAACUAUUAACGAAAACAAUUUGAAAACAAAUCCCACCCUGACAAGUUUUGUUUGUAACGAAUUUCUUUUUACUUAAAUUGAUUAAACCAAGCAUAUCCUUAAAAGCUACCAACAACCGCUUAACAUAAAAUGUCUCAAUUACCGGAUGAUGCGAGUAGUAUGAGUGAUGACGUCUUCGAAGAUGCUGAAACUACACAGAAACGUUUGGAAGAGUCCCGAAAAUACAACUUUCAUACGAAUAAUGAUUCGGGUCAAACACGUGGUACAGUUUAUUAUGGUGACGGCGCCGUAGCGUCAACAGAAUAUUGUCGCUCACAUUCACCGAGCGGUUACCCGGGUUAUAGACCACCACGAGAAGCUUUACAAUUAUAUGCCUUGGAAGAUGCUGUUUACACAGUAGAUGACUACGAUGACGGCUGGCGUUCAUAUCAUUACGACGAGGUGGGCAUGCAGCCAGCACCAAUGCAUUUACAACCAUUCGAUGAUACCGUCAAUCAUAAGACAAUACUGUUGGGCGAUUCUGGUGUUGGCAAAACAUCAUUCUUAGUUAAAUACAAUACAGGUGAAUUUCGUUUAGGUUCAUUUUCGGCUACUGUCGGCAUAGCUUUAACGAACAAAGUAGUACUAGUGGAUGGCACUCGUGUUAAAUUACAAAUAUGGGAUACAGCUGGUCAGGAACGUUUUCGUAGCGUCACUCAUGCCUAUUAUAGAGAUGCUCAUGCUUUACUUUUACUUUACGAUGUUACCAAUAAAGUUACCUAUGAUAAUAUCCGAGCAUGGUUAUGUGAGAUACGGGACUGUGCUCAAGAAAACGUUGUGAUUGUGUUAAUAGGCAACAAAGCGGAUUGCAGUAAUAGUGACCGUCAAAUUAAGCGAGAAGAUGGCGAACGUUUAGCACGCGAACACAAUGUGCCAUUUAUGGAAACCUCAGCUAAGACAGGACAAAAUGUUGAAUUAGCGUUCGAAACAGUCGCCAGGCAGCUGAAGAGUCGUGGUUAUGAAAAUGGCGACGAAGGUAAAUUUAACGUUCAUGAGUUUGUACGAGACAACACAAAAGCCAAGAGUGUAUGUGCUCAGUGUAAUUUUUAAAAUAAUUCUAAAAAAAAAAAAAUAUCUUAGAAUUCUGCGUAACAGCAUCCCCUGCCCUCAUUUUUUUUUUUUUAUCCCCUUUUAUGCACCACUACUUGGCGUAAUAACAUAAGCCAUGUUUUCUUUUUGCAUCAAGUUUUUAUUUCUUCUUUCUUUUUGUUUACCGUUCAACCAAUACUCUGGUAAAAUUUAAAGUAUAAAGUCGUUAAACAUUUUGUUAGACUAUAAAAUUUGUUUUUAUUUUAGUUUUUAAUUAAUUAACUCGAACUUGCAGGAAUUUUUCUUUAUUUAUUUAAGAAAAUAUUUUAAGGCAUUUAAAGUCUUCUGUUAAGGAGUCAUCUUUAUUGUAUUUUCCUAUUACAUGAAAACCGAUAAAGCAUAUUGCUCUUAUAUACGAGACAGACAGAGACUGUGAGAGAGAAACAGAGAAAGAGAGAGAGAGAGAGAGAGAGAUAGAGAGAGAAAUUUAAA